AAAAGCCCUCUUUCUCUCAAUUUUAAAUUCAAUUCAGAAAAUCGAAAAACUCUCUCAUUUCAUUCAGAUCUCAAAAUAAUUAUUUCCGAGCACACAGAAGGAAAAAAAUCUAAACAUGGCGGUGGCACCGACGGCGCGUGAGGAGAACGUGUACAUGGCAAAGCUGGCGGAGCAGGCCGAGAGGUAUGAAGAGAUGGUGGAAUUCAUGGAGAAGGUCUCCAACUCCCUUGGCUCGGAAGAACUAACCGUGGAGGAGAGAAACCUUCUCUCCGUCGCGUAUAAGAAUGUGAUCGGAGCGCGUAGGGCAUCAUGGCGUAUCAUUUCAUCGAUCGAGCAAAAGGAAGAGUCUAGAGGAAAUGAGGAACAUGUUAACUCUAUCCGCGAGUACAGAUCUAAGAUUGAGAAUGAGCUCUCUAAGAUCUGUGAUGGCAUUCUCAAAUUGCUUGAUUCUAAGCUUAUUCCUUCAGCAACAUCUGGUGAUUCCAAGGUUUUUUACCUGAAAAUGAAAGGAGAUUACCACCGCUAUUUGGCUGAGUUCAAGACCGGUGCUGAACGUAAGGAGGCCGCUGAGAGUACUCUCACAGCCUACAAAGCUGCUCAGGAUAUCGCAUCUGCUGAACUUGCCCCAACACAUCCCAUCCGACUUGGACUGGCUCUCAACUUCUCUGUGUUUUAUUAUGAGAUCUUGAACUCUCCUGACCGCGCUUGCAAUCUUGCCAAACAGGCCUUUGAUGAAGCAAUUGCUGAGUUGGAUACAUUGGGAGAGGAGUCUUACAAGGAUAGCACUUUGAUCAUGCAACUUCUUCGUGACAAUCUCACUCUCUGGACCUCCGAUAUGCAGGAUGAUGGUGCUGAUGAAAUCAAGGAAGAUCCCAAACCUGAAGAAAAAAAUUGAGGGGAAUUGAAACCCUCUAAUUUGCUUUUCACUUCUCCCCUAGUUGUUUUUAUUGGGAGAAGCUGAUUAUCAUAAUUUCCUUGCUAGUAUUAUGAUUUUCCAUUAAGAGGUUCUCUUCUUAUUGGCAACAAACAACUUUUAUAUUGGUGUUUUAAAAGUUCCAUCUUUAAUUUACUGUGGUUCUGGGGGUUAAAGAGGUUUC